CGGUAGUGAAAGGGUCUGCCAGUGGUAUGUUUCCUUAUUCACGACUGCCUGCGAAUUGUAAUCGUUUUUAAAAAAAAUGUUUCGCAAAACAACACGAAGGAAUAUUAGAGAAAGGAAAGAUGAUUCCAGUGAAGAUGAGAAGAAAGACGACGAAGACAACAGUGAAAUGCAGUGCCUUCAGAUUAAGCCAAAACCCCAAAACAGAGGAAUAACAUGCAGUUCGAAGGCGAGAAAAUCUCCAUCAAAAUCGGACUCGAGUGAAGAUGAGAAGGAUGAAAUUGAUGUAAAAACUUCUCGCGUAGGCCCACCUGGCUCUGCUGCUGGAAAAGUAUUCGGGAAGUCAAAGCAAAAAGUGUACAGCUUCGAUGAUGACAAUGACGGUGCUGGUGCAGAGUCAGAAUUCAAAGUCAGGAAAAACAAGGACAAAUUGGUUGUAUUUAAUGCCCCCAAGAAAGAAGAUUUGCCAGCCAUCACUGACGCUAAAGAUGUUCCCCAGAGAAAGCAGGCCAUGGCGGAGUCAGAAAGUGACACUAUGCAGGAUGAAAAGGACGAGAGUGAUGACAGUGAUGUCAGCUCUCUAACCAGGUCCUCACACUCCUCUCGCUCCUCUCGCUCCCCAGCCCCUGCCACCUCCAUCCCCAGUGCUCAGAGAAUCCAUGCUGCCAAAGCGGCCCGGAAACACGCAAGGGCCCCGAGGGACUACAUCCCCCUGGAUGGAUAUCGAGAGGGCACCCCUGGGACGGGAGAGGAAGAGGAAGAGGAAGAUGACCGCGAUGAUCGUGUGGAGCAGGACAGUGACAACGAGCUUGAUGACCAUGAGCAUCGUAUCGACUUUGCACCCAAACCUCGGACACUUAAAGAGAGGAUGGCGGAAGAAAUGGGGCACAGUGAUAGCGAGGACUCCUCUAUGGACAGUGACGAGGCUGAGGCACAGAGCCUGUGGGAGGCCCAACAAGUGGAGAAGGGUGUCAAAAGGCCACAGCUAAGUAGAAAUGAGUGUGUGGUUCUCAGUGACCUGCUCGAGAAUAUAUUGCAGAUCUCCAGCUCAAAGCAGUCAGAGAAGAGGAGAAAGAGGAUGCGGAUUCCCGAGUCACUUCCUGCGGUCAGUUACAGCAUCAUCAAGAAGAGGAUCACUGGAAAGCUGGAGUCGUUGAGGGGGGUGCAUCGUGCCCACGAGGCGGACCUGAGGAGGCUCCAGUUUGACGUGGAUGAAGCCAAGAGCUCCCUGGAGAACAUGGAGAAGACGGCUGCUGAGGAGCAGCUCAAGUUCUACCGGAAUAUGCGCGUCUAUGCCGACAACCUUGUUGAAUGCUUAACUGAGAAGACGGUGCUUAUAAACUCAGUGGAGAUGGACAUGCACUCUCUGUACAUUGACCAGGCGGAGGCGCUGUUGACACGCAGGCGGGAGCAGGUGCGGGGGGAGUCCACUCGUCUUCAGCAACUUACAUUUAACGUGGGUAAUCAGGCCAGUGAAGAGUCUACAGGAGCUUUGAACGGGAGUCAGAACAGUGAGGCGAUUGAGAAAGCGCUGGAGUUGGGAGGCCCACCUGAGGAUGAGAACGCAGACCCAGAGCAGGAGGCAGAGCUGCAGCAGAAGAGAGUGGAUAUCCUGGAGAAGGCGAAGGACAUUUUCUCUGACGUUCAAGCAGACUUCUCAGACAUCAGUAAAAUCUUGUCAAGGUUUGAUGAGUGGAGACGUUCCUUCGCUGAUUCCUAUAACAACGCGUAUAUUGGCCUGUGCCUGCCCAAACUGCUGGGGCCCAUCGUCAGGCAGCAGCUGAUUGGCUGGAACCCCCUUCAGUCAGAUGGUGAGGACUUCGAGGCCCUGCCUUGGUAUUCCGCAGUGGAAAAGUUUUGUCAUGGCCAAGGACACGAGCAGUCGGACAAUGCUGAUGAGAAGACUAUUCCUGCCAUCAUAGAAAAGACCAUCUUGCCAAAAGUUCAAGGCUUUGUGGAGCUGGUGUGGGAUCCUCUCUCCCUCAGCCACACCCAGAGUCUCACAGUGCUCUGCAAGAGACUGCAGGAUGACUACUCUAUCUUCAGUAGGGAUCAGAGCAAGCCUGUCAAAGCCUUUUUGGCAUCCGUCACCUCACGCCUGAGAAGUGCUGUUGAUGAAGAUGUCUUCAUCCCUCUUCUUCCAAAAAAGUAUUUGGAUGACCAAUCUUCACCACAGUGCAAAUUCCACGCCCAACAGUUCUGGUCAGCUGUCAAGCUACUGGGCAACAUGUCCCUGUGGGAUGAGCUGCUCCCCGAGCACGCCCUGAAAGAGCUGAUGCUGGACAAGCUACUGAAUCGCUACCUCAUGAUGACCCUGCUCAACGAGGCCAAUGUUGAACUCUCAGUCAACAAAAGCAAAAAAGUGGCAGCAUGCUUCCCUAAGUCCUGGUUCGAGCAGUUGGACGCCAGGACUUCUCUGCCGCAGCUGAAGAACUUCUGCAGCCAUCUCCUGCAGACUGGACAUCUGGUUUGCAAAGACACCGCUAACCCUGAUCGCACGAGGGACAUUUUGAAGACCCUAUUCUCGAUCAUGGCGGACAUCAAAGCAUGGGAUGACCUGACGACAAUAGCAGAAAAAUAUCACCAUACAGACCUAAUGAAUCAAUUGUUUUAACGGGUGAACAUUUUUUACUUUUGUAUAUGGCAGAAGAACAAAGGAUUUAAAUAAACAGUAUGUUUUGUAGAAAUUGUUCUUUUUCUGUAUAUUUUAUCAGAGCCACUUUCUUUGAAAAUUGCAUCAAAAGUAUGAAUGUCUUUGGUCAACUAUUAAAAGUUGUCACAUCUGA